CAAAAAUGGGAUUCCAAGCAGCGAUCACAGCGGCAGCUUUCUUGCUAAUCAUCAUCACCCCCGCUUCCAUCCUCGCAAUCCGGCCGGCUCAGCUGGAACCGGAAUCAAUAACCUCCGCCGCCGGCAUUGACGAGCCGCAGGCCAUACCGGACUAUGGAGUCGGGUCGGUUAUUUCCGGAACCGGUUUUGAAAUACCCGGGGCAGGUGCCGCCGGAGCUUUUGGGUACGGAGUCGGAGGCCCGAAUGGAGGGUCGUCAGCCGGAGGUGGCGUGGUGAAUGAACCCUUUCAGUGUCCAGAGCCUAGCCGAUGUCUCCCAAAGCAGAUGACCUGUCCGCAGAACUGUUUCCAGUCGUUUAGCCACAGCGGGAAGGGAUACGGCUUUGGCGGCGGCGGCGGCGGAUGCAAUUUCGACUGCCACGCUUGUACGGCCACUUGUUCGUCUAAGUAAUUAUGCAAAGCCCGCGCGCGGUGGCUCGCAUAUAUCUAUCUUAAAUGUUAAAUUAAAUAUACUCAUAUAUAAUAUAUUUUCACUAUGGAAUAAGGAGUGAUUUAACGAGUUAAUUUCAUUAGAAAUUAUUUUGCCAACCUAUUAGAUCAAAUAUAAAAUGAUAUUGAACCCAGAUUUAUGGGUUGGUGGAGUAACUUGAGGUGAAGUUAAUUCCAGUAGAUCUUGAUUCCUGAUGGAAUUUGUAUGUGUCACUUGUGUUAUGCCGUCAAUAUAUUAAUCACAUUAUUAUAUACAAGUAUAAUUUUUGGUGAGUUAAUUCAAUUUAGAUUCUUGGUUGUUUAA